AUAAACACACACAAAAAAAAAAAACGAUUUCUUUCUUAACUUGUUAAUCAGUAAGAGCGUCUCAAUUUCAGUGUUUCAUCGAAUAUGCUGAGGGUUUCGACAAUCUGAGAUUCUUCUCCUUGUGUUCAUGUCCAAAGGAGAUUCCUUUCUUCAUUCUCCUUACCUUCUUAACAAACCCUUCUCUCUUAUUAUCUAAUUCGCUUUUGUAGCUCUAUACGCAAUUAGCAAAUUUGGAGAAAUCUCGAUUAUAGCAAUUUUCUUCAGUCUCCAUGUACUUUUCCUCUGUAUUACUCUAAUUCAAAUGUAUAAGAUGUGCCAUGAACCUACCAACAUCUCUUCAUCGGAGUCUGAUUUUACAUUCCUUGAGGAAGACCAUCUCCCCUUGACGUCACGGCGGAGUUUAUUGCUAUCGAGUGAAAGAGUCUCUCAACGUAUCGCUGCUUAUGUUCCUGCAUCGAAUGUUGAUAGUGUCUUGAAAAGAGAAGAAGAAGAUUGCUUCAAUGAGCUGGGUGUAGUGUCAAAUUGUGAUGCUACUGAAUCUGUAAGCACGGAAAUAUUGGAAUCUAUGAACAUUGGUUGUAGUCAAGGUCUUAAAGAUUCUGGAAACAUAAGACCACAGAACAACAUUCUAGGAUGUUGUAGUAAUGCUGUAGAGAAUUUUAAUAGAGUCGGAGAAACUGAAAGGAGUGAUGAUCUUGAACAUCUCACACUGAAGGAGCGGCGCAAAAUGCUUCUUGAAAGGGUUGCUAUAAGGUUGCCUGAAUCUAACGUAGAGGAUAAUACUGAAGAUUGCGAUGAAACUGAACUUUAUAAAAUAAAAGCGGAGAUUUCAUGCGAAAAUGGGAUAGCUUCGUCUUCUGGAGUCCAAUUCAGCGGCUUUCUAGAGAAAAUUGAUUCUGUCCUCUGUAGAAAUUUUAGUAUAUGUUCAGAAUCUGGAAGUCAGCUUGGUGGAAUUCAAGAGAGUGAUAUUCCAAUAUCUCCUGAACGGUCCUUUGAUUUGUCACCUGAAGCCAGUCUACCUGAGGUAUCCAGCAGCAACAAAAAUCCAAGAAAAAGAGUGAAAAGAGUCCAAAGGAAUCCUCUACCUUUGAAUGAGAAUGAAAUACAGUCUACUCAAGUAAAGGUUGAUCCUUUGGCUGAUUGCGUCAUGGAGGACAAUGACGAGAAAAAUCCUGUUACCUCAAAGCAGAUACCGGUCAAAAGAGAGGUAGAAACCCAUGGUGAAGCUCUUGAUGAAAAUGAGCUAGAUUCUGUGAAACUGAGCUUUCGCUUGAAUCGUUGUACAUCUGCUCCUACACCUUUUAGGUGUAUGAAAAACGAAGCGGAGACCGCUAGUGAAAUGGAUGAAGAUAUUAUAGACCACAUGAAAUUAAUUGAUCGAUUAAAGCUUCGAUCUUUUCAUGGCUCAGGUCAUCAUGAAGAUCUUAAUUCACCGUCCUCAGGGUUUAGCUUCUGUACAUCUGAUGAGUACGUUAAACCUUCGAGGGUAUUUCGUCCUUGGAAGCGGAAGAAAACCGCCACGGACUCAAUUGAGACAGCUUUGGAGGAAGAUGCUCCUGGUCUUUUGCAGGUACUGAUUCAACAAGGGGUAACAGUUGAUGAACUUAGGCUUUAUGGGAAUGAAGGUGGCGAUGUUCCCUCAGAUGAUUCACUUCUCAAUGAGAGUUUCUCGGAGCUCGAAGAUGUGAUCUCGCAGCUUUUCUACAAACGCGAGACGGGCACGAAACUACUUAAUUCAAGUUUCUCAAAAGCUUCAAGAACUAGCUAUUGCUUGACCUGUCUAUUCUCCCUCAUCGAACAGGCGCGGUAUUUGCAGUUCCGCAAAUGGCCUGUUGAGUGGGGCUGGUGCCGCGAUCUCCAGUCUUUCAUAUUCGUUUUCGAGAGACAUAACCGGUAAAUUAACUCUCUUUUCCUUGUCAUUGCGGCUAAACUGAACUUUUCAUGGAUCUUUUUGUGUUACACAGUAUAGUAAUGGAACGGCCUGAAUAUGGCUACGCAACAUACUUCUUCGAGCUCAGCAAUACUGCAUCAAUCAGAUGGCAGGUCAAACGGUUAGUCUUGGCCAUGAAACUAGCAAGUUGUGGCCGAUAUCAGCUGAUUGAAAACAAGCCGUUACUGGUAGGAGAAGAUAUGACUGCAGGCGAAGCAGAAGUUCUGAUUAAGUACGGCUGGGUUGCAAACACGGGACUAGGGACGAUGCUAAACUACCGCGAUAGAGUCUACCACGACAGGAAGACCCAAAAACCGACAUCAGAAUGGAGAUCUAAGAUUUCUGAGCUUCUUAUUGAUGGCUAUAACAGUGGAACCAUCGUCUCUACUCUAAUUGCACCUCAUGAUGAUGAUAUUGAUGACGCCGGACUUGACAUGGAAGAUGUUAAGCUUGAGCCUUAUUGAAGCUGUGAAUCUGUUAUAGAGUCUUCUUCAACUGUUGAUUGUUUAUUUACUUGGUCAGCUAAAUUUAAUCGGAUCACAAACUACAAUAAGCGAAAAAAUUUCCCAUACUUUCUUUUAUUACCAACAGGUUCCAUAUUUUCCUACAAUUGUCACUAUAGUUGUGUCUAGUCGUAGUUAACGUAUAAAGAUGCUCGCAGUGUAGCUAGGCAAUAUAGAGGAUCUUACUCUGACGCGUGAGACAAUAAGAUGUUUUACCUCUACGGAGCUUUUGUGUAGCCCAAAAUAUGAAUGAAGAAGACUU